AUGGCUCCAUGCGAGCUCGUGUCCUAUCAUGCGAAUCACCAUUGGGUGGAAUCACCGUUGGCGCUGGCAGAAUGCAUGGUGAUGCAGCAAGGGAGCAGCAGCAGCGGGAGUGUCGUCGUGGACAUGACCCGCGGACAAUGCCAAUGCGCCGGGCAAUGCCAAUGCGCCGCUGUGGACGAGCCUUCUCAACCAUGGGCGUUUCUUCAACAAGUCGAGUCGACUUCUGGUUUUCAAGUAUCAUCUGCUUCUUCUCAGGAAACUGCGGCUUCUCAAGAAUCAAGCGUUGCUUUUCAAGAAUCAAGCGUUGCUUUUCAAGAACCCCUAACAUCCGUCCGCCGUGACUCCUACUCCCAGCAAUCACUGUCCAGCUCCCCUCCCGCCACUCACCCUCGCAGCAGCCGCCACUGCUCUUCCCCCUGCACGUCCCCCACUUGUUCCCCGGCUGUCCCUCACGCCCCCUCCUCCGUCGCCCCCACUCGAUCCGCCCCUCACGCCCCACUCCUUCACACUCCCCCCGUCGCUCGCCCCACUCGCUCAACCACUCUCCCUCACACGCCACCCCCCCCCUCCUCUGCUGCGCCGCCCGCUCGGUCUCUCCGCAGAACCUUCUGGCGGCUGCUCCAGCGCUGCCAGCUGUCGGAUGACGUGGCACUGCAGGCGCUGGAGGGGCGGCUGCAGCUUCUGGACGCGCACAGGGCGCUCAGCAGCGUGCGGUGCCAGCAGUUCGUGACAGCGUUUGAAGGGCCACACAGGGGGACUGCGCUUGAGGCAUCUCUGGGAGCAACUGCGGCUGAGUCGACGCACAGGGCGCUCAGCAGCGUGCGUUGCCAGCAGUUUGUGACUGCGUUCGAGGGGCCCCAGAGAGUGGCGGCGUUUGAGGGCUCUCAGAGGGUGACAGCGUUUGAGGGGCCACACAGGGAGCUCACCAGGACACGAUUGACCACCUCAGGGUCAUGGGGUGAUGCUGUUGCUGGUGCUGAUGGUGCUGAUGACGCUGAUGGUGCUGUCAUGGGAGCCGUGCCCAUGGCUCUUGAGGUGCGAGAACCAGGUGCUGGAGGACGGACUGUGGCAGAUUGCGCCGACGAGAAUUCCAGCGAUGGGGAUUCCACUGGAGCGGGGCAGUGCACGCCGCAUGCGCCUAGGGGGUUGUAG